GUAUGUUUGAAUUUUUCGCGCUUGUUGUUAUCGUUCAUAUGUCGCUAUAAUCACAAACUGCAAAUGGCCACGGGCACAAUUCACGUAGUCCCAGAAAUGCGAUAUCAAGCGGGAUCUUAUUUUGUAUGCAAAAUAGCAUCGCCAACGAUGAUAGCGCACCAGUGAUCAUUGCUACGAGUAUAUUUCUUUAAAAGAAAAGUUAUUCGCGAUUUUAUUAAGGUCGCGCAAUUAAGUUUUCCGCGGGAAAACAAUGUCUGCAUAUCGAAGAGUGAAUUAUUACGAACUGUGCAGAUUGUGUACUAGCAGUGAGGGGAAUAAAAUGAACAUUUUCCGUGAGGAAGGUCGUAGACGACAACUCCAAACAAAGAUUCAAACAUAUUUACCAAUUCAGGUUCUCGAAGAGGAUUCUUUGCCAAAAAUUGUUUGCCAUGAAUGUAUAAAGAAAUUGGAAAAUUAUAUAGAAUUUAGAGAAACUGUUGUAAAUGCAGAAGGUAUGCUAGAAUCAUAUUUUACUUCGUUAAGAUUCUCUGAAGAUUUUCUAAAAGAGGGUAAGGUCUAUGUAAAGAGUACAGAAAAAGAGGAUAGACCUGUGACCCCUGAAAAUGAAGUAUUAAAGUCCAUAGAGAAGAUAUCACCAUCUCCUGGGAAUCAGAUGGUUAGUAAUGAACAACAAAUACAACAUCAGCAACCUGUUGUUGUUAGCAACAUAAAUGCUUCCAACAUUCAAAUUAUCAGCGGAGUUCAAGCCAGAGUCCAACAAUAUAAGUGUGCAAUGCAGAUGCAGCCAGGGGGGAUGGCAGCUGCUGUUGUGGAAGCAACAGCAGAAACACAUUAUAGUUAUCAACAACAAACUUCACAGCAACUAUCGCCUCAACAAUCAAAUGAAACACAGAAUCAAAUCAAUGAUCAACAAAGUCCAAACUCACAAAUUCAGCAACAAGUGCAAAAUCAAAUACAAAAUCAUAAUCCAAUGAAUCAACAAAUACAACCACAAAGACAAAUUUCUCAACAACUUAAUCAAACAAAUCAAGCACAAGUUAGUCAACAACAACAACAACAGCAGCAGCAGCAGCAACAACAACAGCAACAACAGCAGCAGCAGCAACAACCACAAAUAACACAACAAAUUCAACAAUUACAAAGACAACAAAGGGAGUUUGAAAAACAACACAGACAGCUCCAACAAAUUGAAAAGCAACAAGUGCAAAUUUCUGCGCAACAAGAAUUUCCUAUAAAACAAGAACCUCAGGCACAAGUAGUACAUCAAAAUAAUAAUAUUAUCUUGAAGGCAGAACCUAACUCUAAACAAAAUCAGCAAAUUAUCCAAAAAGUACAACCUGAAGCGCAAAAAGAUGAAAGUACAGUGCAAAAUGUGCAGGGUUAUACGGCUGUACAAGGUGCACCAGAAGUAUUUUUAAAUUUGGGAUUCAAAGAUACUCCAUUAGUUACACAAACUGUUCGAGAUGAAGCAAAAGAGUUUAAAGAUUAUAAUAAAUCAGAUGAUUCUAUAUCUCGUAAUUCGAUCGGUCAGAUUUCAGAAUUUCUGAGAAUUAAAUCAGGACCUGAACCGACGUCUUUAAUCACUGUAAAUCCUCAAGUUAUUUCGCAAAAUCAUAGGAGUACCACUUGUAAAGAUUGCGGUAAAAUGUUCUCCUCUGUGAGUCAACUGAAUAACCACAGUUGCUCUGUUCAAAGCCUUUUAAACGAAGGUGCCGAUAACAAAGAAGAUGUUUUACAAACUAAUAGUAACUCUUUCAGUUGCGAUGUUUGUGGCAAACCAUUUAAGAGAAAAGAACAUCUUUAUCAACAUAGAAAGUUACAUACCGGUGAACGUCCUUAUGUGUGUACUACAUGUACAAAAGCAUUUAGUCGCAAAGAACAUUUAGUUAGACACUCGGUAUCGCACACGGGUGAAAAGAUGCACGAGUGUGAAAUGUGUGGGAAAAGCUUCUCUCGCAAGGACAAUCUUCACAAGCAUCGUAAAACGCAUGGUGUAUCUGGUCCAUAUAUUUGUGAAGUUUGUGGGAAAUCAUUUGUGGUAAAGCAUUAUUAUACAAUGCAUUUAGCAGCUCAUGCAUCGACUAUUAGUGAGGAUGUAAAUUGUCAAGUUCCCUUGCCAUUUAAGUGUGACGUUUGUCACAAAGGAUUCUCUGUGAAACAAAGUCUCGAUACUCACAAACUUCGACAUAGACCUAAAAAUAGGAGUAAUAGUAAUUCUGCCCAAAAUGCUGCAAACGGCCAUCAGCAGCCACAGCAGCAACAACAACCACAGUCGCAAUCCGAUACUACGAAUAAUGUGAACAUAGUAGGAAAUAAUGUUGCUAAUUCUGGAAAUUUAACUAGUACCAAUGGACAACCUAAUAGUGGAUCAACGGUUGAAAUGCAGAGUGUUAUUGAAAGAAAUGAACAAUCAAAUAGUUCAUUCAAUAAUCAGUAUCAUAAUAAUAUGCAAGAGUUUCAAUGAGAUAAGGGGAAGCGUGUCUAUUAUGUUCUCUUGCCGAAUGGUAACAAUCAUAAGAUUGUCGUUGUAUAAGCAAGAGAAAUCUUAUGACGCGCCAAAAUAUUUUCAUAACUGAACUUGCUGUUACUCGAGAAACAAAUUUUUUAUACUUUAAUAAUAGUAACAAUAACAAAUUUAAAUACUAUUAUUUUCAACAAGUUAAAAAUGAAAUAACUCAUCAUUCAUUUGGUCAACAAGUAGGAUUUUUGGUGGCUUAUGAGCUUAAUACGGAAUAAAUUGUACAUAUAUUUUGCCAGUGAAGUAUUACAUGUAUUAAAUGCAUGCUAUGUUUUGUAUGAAUGCACACUGUUAUUUAACAUUUAAAAAAUUGUGUGCAACAAAAUUUAAAUGUAUGUAGAUAGUCAUAAGGUUGUUCCAAUACCUGAUUGGACAGAGUGUUUGUAGAUAAGUACAUUUUUAAUUAAUUGUUAAAUGUAGGAGAUACUGCAAGAAGAAUAUGAAAAGAUUUUAUUCAUUUUUCACAUAAAAUCUAGAGUAAAAGAAUAUUGUAAAAGGAAAUCAGAAGUAUAAUGUUCGUUAAAAAAAUAUUCUAAGUACUAAAUUUUAUAUGAAAAGUGAUACACGAACUCUUUAUAUUUUUCUUGCAUCCUACUAUUUUACGACUUAUUUAAAGCAGUGCUUAUCUAGAGACACCUUGGAUGUAUUUAAUCACUGAAUAUCAAAUCAACGUGUAAUCGGGAUAUUAAAUACAAAGCAUCGUCUAUAUUGUUUUAGUUGCUUACAUUAAUAGAGUUAGACUAGAAUGCUAAAAAUAUCCGAAAUUUUUUUUAUAAAUUUUAUGAGAUAUUCAAAUAUUUGUUACAUAGUUUAUAAAUAAUUAUAAGUUAGAUUUCUCUUUGUAAACGAUUAAAUUAAUUACGAAAAAAUUACACAUUAUUUUGCGUUGUGCAAUAUUUCUAUAAUUAGAUACAUUAAAUCGAUAGUUUUCAUUUUAACCAGUGAUUGCAACAAUCUAUGACCACUUUACAAAGUAUUCUAGAAUUAUAUGAUUUAUAUGUAAACUUAGAAUACAAAACAAAACAAAACUUAAGACCAAAGAAAUUUAUAUUAUGUAUAAAUUGGGUAAAUAAUACAAAAGUAGAGAAGUGUAAGGUAAAAUCAGGUAUACUUAAGCCUGAUUAGCUCUAUUAUAAAUUAAGGUUUUGGUUAACCGUGCAUAUGUACACGCGUAUAUGUGCACAGACACUUAAUAAUGUAUAUAACGAUUUAAAUAUCGUUUUCUGACAAAUGAGAGUGUGCCAUACAGUGAAAUUUGGAAAUAAGUAUAUGAGAAAUUAUGAUUGCUAAAAUUCCUCACAUUUCUAUCAUAUACUGACCAAAUUAUGGAAAGAAUUAAAAGAAUUUAUAUUUAUUGAAUCAUAUUCGAUUCUGUAACAUUUGUAUGUAAUUGAAUCAUAUACAUUAUUAAUUAUAAAUUAAUUUAUAAUUUUUUUAUCUGUUAAUAUAAGAUAAAAAACAGGGGGCAACUAUUUCUUCAAAUGACAGUUCCCGGUGUAUCGUAUUGAACAUUGUAUUUCUGAACAAGUAAAUUAUAGAAAUGUAUAAUUUACUUGAAAUUAUUGGUACUUAUCGUGAAUUUUAUUUAUAUACACUUUUGCAAUAAAUUUACAUGGAACAUGUAUAGGUGCAAAGCAGUUACUGUACGUAUGUACAGUAACAAUUUUUUCUUGCAUAAUAAACAUUUCAAAGUGUAAAUGAACUUACUACAGUACAAAAAUUUAUUUUAAUUACUGGUCAAAUUUUAUUUUACAAUAAGAUCUUGUACAUAUAUUGAAACAAAAAAUGAUGAGUUUAAGACUGUGUUUCUAUACCACCUAGUAAUAGGUGUACAUUGAUGGUACAUAGAUUUAUAGUGAUAAUAUUGUAUAUAACAAGGUCCAGUGAGUAAGACGAAAAACUGUUAGUGUGCUGUUCCUAAGAAAAUGGUACUUUCUGCGAAGCAGAAGAAUCCCUUUCUUCAUAUUGAAAUCUUGUAAAGUAAACAUUACAUAAACAAAGAUGCAAUUCUUUUAUUUUAAUUGAAUACUUCGUGCCUAAUUAUAGAAUCCAUAAAUGAAAUUUAUGUUAAAUAUUUAUUCAUGAAAUUGUAUAAAAACAUCUACUUUUCAGUAGCCCCCUGCUAUAUGUAUGUAUAACUUACAGCAAA